AGAGGACGCUUUUGACAACCACGUUAUGAAGGGGCUUGUACAUUAAUGCAAAAUAUCAGUUAUAUAUGCCUAUAGUUUUAACUUUAAGUUGUAUUUAACUGAUUUUUACAAUGUCACUUUUUGCCGACGAAAAUUCAUCGGAGUCGGAUGACGAACUUAAAAUUAACAAUAAUUAUGCUGUUAAAUACGACAACUGGAGACAGAAGGAGGAACUCCAAAAAUUGAAAGACAAGUAUGGAAAUGAAGCCAUUGACUCAGGUAGUUCAUCAAGCUCUUCUGAAUCUGAAGAUGAAGAUGCAAAGGAUCUCACAGCAGCUGUUGAAAAAGACUUUUUAAAAACCUUAAGUUUACUGAAGAAAAAAGACCCAAGAAUAUAUAACCCAAAUGAAAAUUUCUUUCGGAAGAAAGAAGUUGAAGAAGGGAGAUUAAAUAGCUCUACCAAUAAGAAAGAAAAACAAAAACCAAUGUACUUGAAAGAUUAUGAAAGAAAGAUUAUAUUAGAAAAGGAAGGGAAAUUAUCUGAUGAAGAUGAAGAUGCAGGUUUCAAAAGGUCUUCAUCACCUACUUAUUUUGAAGAUCAGGAACUAAUUAAAGAAAGUUUCAAGCAAGCUCUUCAGGAUUCAGAAGAUGAUGAUGAUAAAGUUCUCUUGCAAAAGAAAAGAAGGACAAAAGAAGAAAAGGAAGCAGAAGAUGUAGAUUACUUGUCGUGGUUGAAAGGACAGUGUGAGAAAACUGAAGAUAAAGCAACAGAAAAAGAUUUGAAAUUUUUGCAAAAUUACUGGAAUGAUCCAUCACUGGAUGAUGGUGAAGUUUUUUUACGCGAUUACAUUUUGAACAAAAAGUAUUUAGAUGAAGGUAUAAGUGACAAGAUUCCAAGCUAUGAAGAUAUUGUUGAUGACUUAGAAAAUCUCAGCGAAGAUGAGAAAACCUUAGAAGAACAAGCUUCUUUUGAACAGAAAUUUAACUUCAGAUUUGAGGAACCGGACCAAGAAUUCAUAAAGAGGUAUCCACGUACCUUAAAAGAUUCUUUACGUCGUAAAGAUGAUCGCAGGAAGCACAAGAGAGAGGAAUAUAAGGAACGUAAGGAAAAGGAAAAAAGUAAGAAAAAAGAAGAACUGAAGCGAUUGAAGGCAUUGAAAAGGAAAGAAAUCCUGGAGAAACUAGAUAAACUACGAGCCAUAACUGGAAAUGCUAAAAUGGGGUUUGAUGAUGUGGAUUUAGAUGGAGAUUUUGAUCCAGUGAAAUAUGAUGAACAAAUGAAGAAUUUAUUUAGUGAUGAUUACUAUGCUGUAGAAGAAGGUGAUCAAAAACCAGAAUUUCCUCCUGAUGAAGAAAUAGAUGAAGAAAACUGGGACGACUGGCAGGGACAUGAUGAUCAGUGGAAUGAAGAAAACGAUGGGCCACAUUGUGAAGAUCCAGAUUUCAAUAUGGAUGCUGAGUAUGAUCCUCAGAAAGCUUUGCAAGAAGAACUUUUAGGACAGAAAAAAAAGAAAAAGAGAUGGUCAAAGUUUCAAACAGCUUUGAGGAGAAACAAGCCUGUUUUCAAUCCAACUGAAAAGACCUUUGAAGAAUACUUUGAUGAAUAUUAUAAACUCGACUUUGAAGACAUCAUAGGCGACACACCAGUUCGUUUCCGCUAUCGCCAAGUUGUACCAAACGAUUUUGGUCUUUCAACGGAGGAGAUCCUUUUGGCUCGAGACAAGGAAUUAAAUAAGUGGUGUUCACUUAAGAAAGCUGUCCAGAAUAGACCAGAGGAAGAGGAGAAGUAUGAUGUUCAGGCCUUCCAAAAAAAAAUCUGAAAAUUUUGAUCUAAAGAAAAAGAUCCUCCCCAGUGUAUACUCAGAAGAACAAGCAGAAGAGCCUGCUCCUAAAAAGAAAAGGCAUAGGAAAAGUAAAUUAAAAAACACAGAUGAGUCAAAUCCUGAAAAAAGUAGCGUUGAAACAGCUGAAGUUCAUGAAAAUAAAAAGGAAGAAAAUUUAAAAAACUCAAAUUUGACACAUCUUGAGAGUAAGAAAAGGAAAGGUGACAAAUCAAAUGUUGUUGCACAUUCUUCAGAACCAACCCCUUUAUUUUCUGUUAAUAAGACCAAGAAUGGAAUUUCAGGUAGCUCCUUCCAUAAAAGUGAUGUUGGUAAGAAAGAACAGUUUUCUUCAGGUACAAGUAAAAACAAUAAAAGGAAAACCUUUGGAGAUUUUCACAAGAAAUCGUCCAGUGUUGGCACACUUGGAUUAUCAGACGAGCGGUUAAAGGCAUAUGGGAUCAAUCCUAAGAAGUAUCACGCCAAGUUAAAAUAUAGUAAGAAACAGAAUACUGGUGUGUAACUGUACAUAAAAUUGUGUUUAUUAUGGUUUUUGUUUUAUUAAAGAACUACAGUAAAAGUACA